GGAGGAGAGGAGAGGAGAGAGGAGGAGAGGAGAGGAGAGAGAGGGAGGAGAGAGGGACGCAGAGGAGAAUCAGCAUGUAUGUAGUGGACAGGAGGAGAAACAGCAGAGGGAGAGAGGAAGAGGAGGAGGAGGAGGAUGGAGAGAGCGAGAUGACGGAGGAGGAGAGCACCACCAGCUCCUUCACGGAGAGAUGGAGCGAGAGAGACCGCGAGGAGGAGAGCGACUUCUCCGUGAGGGUGGGGGCCGGUCGCCGUGGCAGCGACGCCUCCUGCCCACCGCACGCGGUCUCUCUGGACGACUGGAAGACUGAGGACGCGGGGUCAGGGUCGGGGUCAGAGGUCGCGGCGCCCAAGUGGGCGUCGGAGGCCAUGAGCUCCAUCGUGCUGAACCAGCAGGUGUGUCGCGUGCUGCUGCAGGAGUGUGAGCGCAGCCUGGAGACGGCCGAGCGAAACACACCCGACCACACACACUCGCUCACACACUCGCUCACACUCUCGCAGAGCUACGACGAGGUGGACGGCGUGGGCGGCGCUGGAGUUCUGUCGGGAGCCGUGGGCCCCCCUUCCUGCUACUCGCCCCAGGUGAAGGGGUCUGGCUGGGACCAGAUGGGGGCACUAGGGGGCGCACUCUGGCUGGGGGAGUUCCCCUCUGGCUCCGAGGCAUCACUCAGCAUGUGCACAGCCACUGCCGACCUCACACACACACAGGCUGGUGAAUCUGAGUCCAGAAGUUUUAGCAGAACAGCCAACCACAGACGCAGCUCCACCACCCUGUCUGCAGACUCAGAGGAAGAGUGCCCCCUGGUGGCCAGCGCUUCUGCUUCCACCCCGCGGCCCCGCUGGACCAGUGACGUUGUGGACCUGGUGUCUCGGAUGACAUGUGGGCGUCUGGGCUUGUGUGUGGCUCCGCCCAUCAGCAGUGAGAGUGAGGAAUGCGAGGAAGGGUCAGUGAGGGGCCACACCCACUUCCCACCACAAGCUCCUCCCAUCCGCACCCCCCAGCACGACUUGAAGUUGGAGAAGAUCUUUAAGAGUUUCGCAGGAGGGGCUAGUGAGAGUGAAGAUGACGCGGAGUUCCACACUAUUAACAGGACGAUCAGUCUGAGCCCGGAUGUCCUGGACGGAGCUGACCCGAACAUCAGCAGUAGAAACAGAGCUGAGCAGAACCACCACAGCAUGCACAGAACACACGACGCAGAACAGAACCACAGCAUGCACAGAACACACGACGCAGAACAGAACCACAGCAUGCACAGAACACACGACGCAGAGCAGAACCACAGCAUGCACAGAACACACAACGCAGAGCAGAACCACAGCAUGCACAGAACACACGACACAGAGCAGAACCACCACAGCAUACACAGAACACACGAAGCCGAACAGAACCACCACAGCAUGCACAGAACACACAACGCAGAACAGAACCACAGCAUACACAGAACACAUGACACAGAGAAGAACCACAGCGUGCACAGAACACACAAUGCACAAUGGAGCCAUCACAGCAGGGAGGAAGAGGAUCUCACAGCAGAGUGUACUCUGACAGAGAAUGACUCAGACUCAGAUGGGACAUACUCUCUGGUGGAAGGCUCUAGUAUGUAUCACACCCCAGGACCUGGAACAGAGAACCCUACCUCUGAAGAGGAGGAUCUGGAUGUCACAGUGGAGGUGUGUCGACCCCUCUCGGUUUUCAUAGAUACGCAAACAGGCGAGCGCCCUGCAGCUGUGUGUAGGCCAGAAGGGAGAGAGCAAUUCAUCGCUGACCAGGAGCUGCCAGACAUCAGGUGUGUCUCCUGUAAUAAGCAGAUUGAUGAUCCCUCUCUGCUCAGCCGCCUGCCGGACCUGGCUGCAGACUUUGCUGAGAUCUCCAGCAUCACCUGCUCUCCAUUGCAGCAGGAGAAGAUUCCCCUCAGCAGGAGACCCUGCUACAGCACGCCCUGCACACCACAGAAGACCCCCCACCUGCCCCAACGCAUGCUGGGGGCACACUCUCACCCCUUGCCCUCUCUGCAGAGCCUCCUGGAUCAUUCCGAACACACACACUCCAGCCAGAGAGAAUCAUCUGCUUCCAGUAUUGUACCCCACUCCCCUGACAGGGAGUCGUCGGUGGAAGAAGCUGAUUCGCCCCGUGCUAGCCAAUCAGGUUUCUCGAUGGCGACCUCACACAUGCAUCGUGGCCGAGAUAUGAGCCAUGCAAUGGAGGAGGAGUCAGACGAGGAGGAGGAGGAGCAAAGGGGGGAGGGGUCUGUAGGUGAUGGGCGGGACUCCGAGCACACACAUUCAUUCAGCUCCUCUCCCUCAGAAGGGCAGCCCUCACGCACAGAGUCCCUGGCAGCAUUUGAGGAAGAGGAGGAGCGUAUGCUGGAGGAGGUGGUGGACAGAGAGUGGGGGGAGGAAGAGGAGGAGCCAUCAGAGGAAGAGGAGGAGCCAUCAGAGGAGCUGCAGAGCGAGGGACGCCUGUCAGACGAGGACUUCGUCUCAGUGGACGACAGCCCCGAGAGAGGCCUGGCGUUGGGAACUGAGGCUCUGGCAUGUGGCAUAGAAAAGAACCAGCCAACAGAGGGCAUGGAGGAGACAGAGAGGGCCAGCUCCACGCUGGACGACAUCCUACAGGGUAUGAUGGCAGACCGUGCAGCCAAUCAGAGGGCCAGGAGCCCCGGGCCCCUCUUCCUCUCCAGAGCUGUCAUGAACAUGGAGGGAGAGGUGGACGAGGAGGAUGUGUACGGGCGAGGAGGAGACACAGCAGAACAUUACUUAGAACCUCAGGAGGUGGGGGACCCCUCAGACGGCUCCGCGAAACCAGAGGACAGGAUGGAGGAGGCAGCUGCUUUCCACGGCAUCUGGAGUCACCUGCACAGAGUGAUCGUCCUGGAGCACACACCAGGGAAGGAGCCAUUCAGGAAGACCAGAGAGCCACCCACCUGACCUCCUCAGGUUGCCAUGGGCAACGCCACAUGGAUCACAAGCCCCACUCCACACAUUUAGGAUGUUCAAAGCAGUUGUAGAAAAUAACAUGUGUUCUUUUGAUUGUCAUUUUAUAGUUAUUUCACUGUAUUUGAAUUGAUAGCUACAGUAUUAUCCAAUUCAUACCUUUGUAUUGUAUCAACAUGUUUGCCAAUCAAAUCUCAUCUUUCCUACACAGACAUAGUUCAGUACGAUGUUUAAACUCAGGGUUCCUGCUUUCAGGACAUUUUUAUCUUUCUAUUCCUAGUUCUGAGAAAUGAAUUUUGAGCCUGUUGUUCUGAAGCAUAUUUGUAAUGUUUUCACUGUUUUGACAGACUAGUUUAGACUCUUAAAUGUAUCUUCUUAAAAGAUUUUAAAUAUUUAAUAAUUUCACUUCAGAUGAUUAACGAUAGUUCAACGAUUAAAGAAUGUUACAUUAUAAUAUGUGGUUAACUUAAAUACAUUAAAUCA